AUGGACAACGGGUGUCAUUGUUCGGCCAACAGCGACAGGCUUUUGAAUCCCAUCCUCUUCAACAUCCUGAGUCAAAUGGAUAACAGCAAACCAAACCAAAACAGCCUCAGCUACAGCUCAGUGCCUCAUAGAUGCAACUGUGAGCUGCGAAGGACAGUGUGCUUGAAAAGACCAUCUGAGAUUUGCAAAGAAGCUUCAGCAGUUCUGGUUAAAACCAUCCAGUUCAUGAAGAACUUACCCGCCUUUAACCAGAUGCCACCGAACGACCAGUUCUCCCUUCUCAAGAGUUGUUGGGCGCCGCUCUUCAUUCUGGGCCUGGCCCAGGAGCACGUGGACUUCGAGGUGACGGACAGCCCUGCUGACAGCAUGCUGAAAAAGAUUCUCCUAAACCGUCAGGAGAGCCCCGGGAUGGAGAGGGAGCAGCCCACCAUGGCAGGCGUCAGCAAACUCAAGUCCUGCCUCAAAAAGUUCUGGAGUUUGGAUCUGAGUCCCAAGGAGUACGCAUACCUCAAAGGGACCACGAUAUUUAAUCCAGAUGUCCCAGAUUUAAAGACGGUGCUGCUUGUUGAAGGCCUGCAACAGGAAGCUCAGCACGCCCUCAGCGAGUUGGUCCAGCUCCUUCACCCAGGGGACCAGGAGCGAUUUGCCCAAAUCCUGCUCACAGCCUCCAUGCUGCAGAGCAUCACACCCAGCCUCAUCUCUGAACUCUUCUUCCGGCCCGUGAUAGGCCAGGCUGAUCUGCUGGAGCUGCUGGUCGACAUGCUCUUCUACAGAUAG